AUGGAAAUGUCCACAACUGCAGCAACAUGGACACGUGGCUGUUACAUGCUGUAUUUUCCCAGCCUGACGUCAGGACCAAUUAUAAGCUAUGAACGCUAUUCGGCCAGGCGGGAAUCAAAGGGAUGGCUUUGUUUACUCCAGUCGCUGCUGCGUUGUGUUUUCUGGUGGAUGGUUGUCCAGUUUGUUUUCCACUACAUCUACAUAUAUCAAAUGACGCAAGAUGUGGAGGUGGUCAGCUGGAUGUCUUCGCCCUUGUGGUGUUAUACGAUUGCCUAUUUUUUGGGCAAGUUUUUCAAUAUCUUUUAUAUGAUCAUCUAUGGCAUGGGUAAAGCCUUUGCCGAACACGAUGGUAUUCCGGCGCCUCCAAACCCACGCUGCAUUGGACGUAUACACUUCUAUUCGAACAUGUGGAAGCACUUUGACUCCGGACUCUACGAGUUUCUCUUUAAGCACAUCUAUAAAGAGGUGUGCAACAAGGAUUCCUCAAUCUUGGUCAAAGUUUGGGGCACUACGCUCACAUUUGCAUUCGUGUAUGUCUGGCACGGCAGCUAUGUUAACGUCUUUAUAUGGAGUGCACUCAAUUGCCUCUGCAUAUUAGCGGAAAAGUUCUACAAGAUUAUGAUCUCUACAGCCGCCUACCAGCAGUGGAUGCAUAGGCAUCUGGGAAUUGGCGGCACACAGCGGUUCAAUGCGUUGCUAGCUACACAAAUCUUUAUACCGGCUGCCUUUUCCAAUAUGUACUUUAUUGCCAGUCCUGAGCUUGCCGAUGUGCUUUUGCGCUGUGCUUACUUAAAUGGUGUGGGAAACUAUUUGGCGCUGACUUUUUCCAUUUAUUGCUUCUUUCAAUGCUCUGUUAUUGUGGAAGAGAGCAUGAAACAUCCUCAACUAAAGGACAAACGGACUUGA